GGCUCACGAGCGGGGCGGGCCCAGGAGCAGGCCCCACCCCGGAAGUGGGUGUGCGGCCGCAGGGCAUUGUGGGUCGGUGGCGCAGCCCGGCAGGGCACAGAACCAAAAUGGCAUCGGGGGUGGUAGCGAACGCCACCCCUGCAGGAGGGGCAAACGACGUGAGCCUGGAGGAGCCGAAGAAGAUGACAAGGGAAGACUGGAGGAAAAAGAAGGAACUGGAAGAACAGAGAAAACUCGGAAAUGCACCUGCUGAGGUGGAUGAAGAAGGAAAGGAUAUCAAUCCUCAUAUUCCCCAGUACAUCUCCUCAGUGCCAUGGUACAUAGAUCCUUCUAAAAGACCCACCCUAAAGCAUCAGAGACCUCAGCCAGAGAAGCAGAAACAGUACAACUCCUCUGGAGAUUGGUACAAACGAGGAGUUCAGGAGAACUCUGUGGCCACGAGGUACCGAAAAGGAGCCUGUGAGAACUGUGGGGCCCUGACACACAAAAAGAAGGACUGCAUGGAGAGGCCCAGGAAAGUUGGAGCAAAAUACACAGGCAUGAACAUUGCCCCGGAUGAACACGUGCAGCCCCAGCUGAUGUUUGACUACGACGGGAAGCGGGAUCGCUGGAAUGGGUAUAACCCAGAGGAGCACAUGAAGAUCGUGGAGGAAUAUUCCAAGGUUGAUUUGGCCAAACGUACCCUGAAAGCACAGAAGCUUCAGGAGGAGCUGGCAUCAGGGAAGCUGGAGCAAGUGAACUCCCCAAGACACCAGUGGGGAGAAGAGGAGCCCAAUUCACAGACAGAAAGAGAUCAUAACAGUGAAGAUGAAGAUGAAGAUAAAUAUGCAGAUGACAUUGAUAUGCCUGGGCAGAACUUUGACUCUAAAAGACGUAUCACGGUUCGGAACCUGCGCAUUCGGGAAGAUAUUGCCAAAUACUUGAGGAAUCUAGAUCCAAACUCUGCUUAUUAUGAUCCCAAAACAAGGGCCAUGAGGGAGAACCCGUAUGCCAACACAGGCAAGAAUCCAGAUGAGGUUGGUUACGCCGGUGACAACUUCGUUCGCUACACGGGAGACACCAUUUCCAUGGCACAGACCCAGCUGUUUGCUUGGGAAGCUUAUGACAAAGGCUCUGAAGUUCAUCUUCAAGCAGACCCUACCAAAUUAGAGCUCCUCUAUAAAUCCUUCAAAGUGAAAAAAGAAGAUUUCAAGGCACAGCAGAAAGAAAGCAUCCUAGAGAAGUAUGGAGGACAAGAACACCUGGAUGCCCCACCAGCUGAGCUGCUGUUAGCUCAAACAGAAGAUUACGUGGAGUACUCCAGGCAUGGAACAGUCAUCAAAGGACAAGAGAAAGCUAUUGCUUGCUCUAAGUAUGAAGAGGAUGUAAAGAUCAACAACCAUACAUGCAUUUGGGGUUCAUACUGGAAAGAAGGCAAGUGGGGGUACAAGUGCUGCCACUCCUUUGUCAAGUACUCCUACUGCACAGGAGAGGCUGGGAAAGAAAUCGCUAACACAGAAGCAAGUUUACUGGAAGAGCAGCCUGGGGAGGAAGAACACAUGACAAAACCCAAAACACUGAUGGAGAUCCAUCAAGAGAAACAGAAAGAGAAGAAAAAGAAGAAGCACAAGAAGAGCUCAAAUUCAGACAGUGAGGGUGAAGAGAAAAAGAAGCAAGAAAAACUGAAAAAGGCACUAAAUGCAGAAGAGGCUCGUCUGCUCCACGUUAAAGAAAUCAUGCAGUUGGAUGAGAGGAAGAGACCCUACAACAGCCAGUUUGAGGCCAGGGAGCCAACAGAGGAGGAGAUGGAAGCCUACAGGAUGAAAAGGCAGAGACCUGACGAUCCCAUGGCCUCUUUCCUUGGACAGUGAUCACAGGGAAGAUCAUUCCGCUCCAAAAGGCUUUUUUUCAUACUUGUUUACAACUCUCCAGACACUUGAUUCCCUUCCAUGUGUCUCAAGUGCCAGAAGUGGCACCAGAGAAGUUUGUGCAAACUUCUUUCAGCAGACAGAAGCAGUCCAGUACUUAGAGCAAUGUCAUGAGUGUGUGUGGGUACAUGUAUGUGCACAAACACACACACAUAUAGAACAUAUGUGUAAAUAAAGUACAUGCAUGUACUGUGGAAAUCCUUGGAGGAGAAAAGAUCUGAUGCUGACUGAAAUUCUAGGUUGGUUUGGCCAACUAAUACAAGCAUAAAGUCAUGAUCCAGUAAAACUGACUCCUCAAAUGAAAUGGUCAGCAGGUAUCACUUAAUAUAGAGGAAAAAUUAUUGACAAAAAGUCAAUACAACUGCUAGAGCUUAUUUGUAAAGGGAGUUGUCUGUCUCGUGGCUUUGAAGGAAUGAGUAGUUUCUUCCUUGAUCACUUUGUAGUAAGUGUUUUGGAAAUGUAAAAAUCGAUUGCUUUGUACAAUUUGGAAUAAAUUAAUAUAAAAGUUUUAA